AUGGUGCCACGCGACGCCUUCUUUAUAUUGCCGCUCAUUACAUUUUCAUCAUUCUACCAACCCGGAAAUGCCAACGUGAUUCGGCGUCAGGAAGCCAUUGAUCCAACAACGACCACGAACUUCCCCUCCAGCAACACUACAACGCCCAUACAAAAGUCAGGAUGGUACCCCGAAGGCUGCUAUACGGACUCUGUGGGCGCCCGAACGCUUUCAGUGGGUGUUGGCGUGGCUGGCGGGAUGACGAAUGCAAAAUGCAAAGACGCAUGUCGAUCAGCAGGUUAUAACCUCGCGGGAACCGAAUACAGUGGUGAAUGCUUCUGCGACAAAACGAUCAAAAACAACGGAAGACUGGCACCCGACGGCGAAACACUGUGUAAUAUGGCCUGCAGCGGCAACCCGACGGAGAUCUGUGGCGGUCCAAACAGACUAAGUAUGUUCAAAUACUACACGGGCGAAGAGUCAACAUCGUCCAGUGCACCCGGCGCAUCUUCAACGGCCUCGAAUAGCGCAGCGAGUGCCGCAAUUGCACUGCCCCAGGCUACCGGACUCCCAAGCAACUUUACGUACAAGGGAUGCUAUGUCGAUGGGGCCGGUUAUCGAAUACUGAAUUAUCAACAGGCAGAUGAUCAGGCCAUGACAAUUGCUUCUUGUGCAGGGAAGUGUGCAGCUGCUGGUUAUUCAAUUGCGGGCAUGGAGUACAGCUAUCAGUGCUUCUGCGACAACGUCGUCCGCAUGGGUGGAAUGCCUGCAUCCUCCGAGUCUGAAUGCACCACAAAAUGCGUAGGAAGUCCAGAUCAAACAUGCGGUGGCCCAAACCGACUGAGCAUAUGGUCCAGCCAAGGAACGUUGAAAGUUAUCCAAGCUCCCAAACCUGUGCAGAAAGUGGGUGGUUGGAAAUACCAGGGUUGCAUCACAGAGGGAGACAGAAAUCAGAGGGUCUUCCCUUGGCAGCUGAUCAACUCAACUGGUAAUACCCCUGAAUGGUGUCUCACAAGGUGUCAAGAGUUUGGGUACAUGGCCGCGGGCAUGGAGUAUGGCGAAGAAUGCUAUUGUGGAGAUCUGGACCUGAUUGAGAAGGAGGGCGCCAAAGCAGUCGCUGGAUCUGAGUGCAACAUGGCCUGCUCAGGAAAUCCAGAAGCCAUCUGUGGCCAAGGAAACCGACUCACGUGGUACCAGUGGAAAGGCGAGCCAUUGUACGUAUGGGAUUAUCCCACAGGAGCAGCUGCCGGCCGAUAUGAAUUCCUUGUUGGCGGCCCUAUUAUACCUCUUAUCGCCCAACCUGGUAUCAACGGCAAGGUCACCCUACUCGAGAAGCACGGGACCGGUGCCCCGAACACCACCGGCGCGUAUGAACUCGAUCCGUCCAUUGGUGGCGACAUCUUCCAUGCAUUUCGCGAAUUGCGAGGAAUCAAGACGGACAUUUUCUGUGCGGCUGGGCUUACCAUGCCCGAUCGCGUGGGCCGACAGAUUAACAUUGGUGGAUGGUCCGCAGAUUCGCUCUUUGGCGUACGCAUCUACUGGCCUGACGGCUCGGCCGGAGUCAACGGAACGAACGACUGGCAAGAAGAUGUGAAUACAAUCAAGUUACAACGUGGUCGCUGGUAUCCUACGGGUAUGGUCAUGGCCAAUGGAUCAAUGCUUAUCGUAGGAGGAGAAGACGGUUCGAACGGACCACCUGUGCCCAAUAUGGAGAUUUUGCCCACUGUCGGCCCGGUCUAUGAAGCACAAUACCUCCGCGAUACAGAUCCUUACAAUUUGUAUCCUUUUCUUGUUGUAUUACCGUCUGGUGGCAUCUUCAUACAAUACUACAAUGAAGCCCGCAUUCUGGACGAAGUCAGCCUGGAUACUGUCAAGAUUCUGCCGAAGCUCCCAGCCACUGUCAAUGAUCCUACUGGAGGACGGACAUAUCCACUCGAGGGCACCCAAGUCCUUCUCCCACAAUACUAUCCAUACGAUGCUCCCCUCGAGGUUCUCAUUUGCGGCGGAGCAGGUCUCAAGGCAGCCAUUGGAUUAGACAACUGCGUCAGCAUUGAGCCAGACUCCGCGAAUGCUCAGUGGACGCUAGAGCGCAUGCCAUCAAGGCGCGUCAUCUCAUGCAUGGCAACCCUACCAGACGGCACCUUUCUCAUUCUCAAUGGCGCAGAGCUUGGCGUUGCUGGCUUUGGCCUUGCAGACAAAGCGAAUCUAAAUGCCGUGCUGUACGACUCCCGAAAGCCACGACAUCAACGCAUGAGCGUUAUGGCGAACACGACCAUUGCUCGCAUGUACCACUCCGAGGCUGUGUUGAUGGAUGAUGGUCGAGUGCUCGUCUCGGGCUCUGAUCCACAAGACGGCAAGCAUCCCCAAGAAUACCGAAUGGAGGUCUUCUUACCACCCUACCUACUUUCGGGAGCAACGCAACCAACUUUCACACUCUCUGAGACUGACUGGACUUGGGAGGCUGCGUAUUCCUUCACAAUCACGUCUGCUACUAGCGGCACGAUCAAAGUUUCCCUUUUGGGUUCAGAAUCGAGCACGCAUGGAAGCUCAAUGGGCGCACGUAUUCUCUUUCCCCGCGUCUCGUGCUCGGGGAGGACGUGUACGGUGACAGCACCAAGAGGACCGUAUAUUGCACCGGUGGGAUGGUAUCGCAUGUUUGUACUCGACGGACCAACUCCCUCGCAUGCGAAGUGGGUGAGGAUUGGUGGUGACCCGGCAGGAUUAGGAAAUUGGCCUAAUGCGGCUGCUUUCCAGCCGCUGCCGGGUGUUGGACCAGUCGGUGGUGCCAAUGAGUCGAUGAUGCUUUCCAAUGGGACAAUUUCGGUGCGAAGGUGGCAAUGA